AUGGCGCAACCCUACGACUUCAUCUCCAAAAUCGUGAGCUUAGGCGACAGCGGCAGCGGUAAAUCAAGUCUGACAAUCCGGCUCUGCGAAGGUCGCUUUGUCUCCCACCAUGACGUGACGAUCGGCGUCGAGUUUGGAUCCCGGAUUGUGCCCGUAGGACCGCCGGCUAGUCUACAGUACAACAUCAACAACCCCGCUUCAUCAACGCCACCCACGAAGUCCCCAAGCGAUGCGAAGCCCUCGAAGAAUACGCCGAAAGAGCCGCAGCAGAAACACAUGAAGCUGAGUCUGUGGGAUACUGCGGGACAAGAGACGUAUAAGUCGAUAACGAGGUCGUACUUUCGAGGAGCUUCUGGUGCGUUGUUGGUGUUUGAUAUCUCGAGGCGGAACACCUUUGCUUCUGUCACGUCAUGGCUGAACGACUUGAGGCAAAUAGCAGAUGAUGAUAUCGUGGUGGUUCUGGUGGGCAACAAGUCAGACUUGGCUUCAUCGUCGACGGUGUCUGGGGAUUCCACAGCGCCGAACAAGCGACAAGUGACGAGGGAGGAAGCGGAAGAGUGGUGUCAGAACAACAAAGUGAUGGGCUAUGUGGAGACGAGUGCAAAAUCAGGGGACAACGUGGAGAGAGCGUUUCUGGAGGUGGCCGAGAGGAUAUACCAGAACAUUGAGGCAGGGAAAUAUGAUCUGAAUGAUCGGAGAAGUGGGGUUAAAGGGCCUGGAGCUGGUGGUGGUAAUGCUGGACGGUCGGUGACGCUGGGAAGACCUGACAAGGGUGCGGCGAAGAAGGCGGGGAUCGCAGGAGGGUGCUGCUAA